CACGUGUUUAGGAGACGUCACGUCCCCCCAAAAAAUAAUGACAUUUGUUCGCGUUGUUUAUUCUAGUUUAUUUAUUUUAUGUAACAGCUGUGGACGCUACGUAGUCAGCGCAUGCUGACAUGUUGACAUCGGAGUGGCUACGUGUGUCUGCCCAGCGCGUGGGGAGCACUGAACAGCAGGACCUGCUCUUUGAGGAGAGGACAACGGGACACAGCCCAGACACGGUGCGAUGAGGGACUCGAUAACAAAAGUGAUGACGCAGGCAGCGUAAGUUUCCUUAAUGGCUCUCUGAGCACAGAGCGGAGGAAGGAGCAAAGCCUCCGCAGACUGACCCGCAAAACUCCCGAUGUACAUGAGAUAUUUUUCCAGGCUAUUGUCAGCUAUGGCUGGACCCAGGCCUGUGGUGCUUAGCGGCCCAUCGGGGGCAGGGAAGAGCACUCUGCUGAAGAAACUCAUGAAGGAAUACGACAGUGUCUUUGGCUUUAGCGUCUCCCAUACAACAAGAAAUCCUCGACCUGGAGAAGAGAAUGGCAAAGAUUAUCAUUAUGUCACACGGGAGGUGAUGCAGAGAGGAAUUGACAACGGUGAUUUCAUUGAGAACGCAGAGUUUUCUGGGAACAUGUACGGGACGAGUAAAGCCGCUGUGCAAGACGUCCAGGCCAAGAACCUCAUCUGUAUACUUGACAUCGACAUGCAGGGUGUGAGGAACAUCAAAACGACAGACCUCAAUCCCAUCUACAUCUCUAUCCAACCGCCAUCCAUGGAAAUCCUGGAAAAACGUUUAAGAGACAGAAAAACAGAAUCCGAGGAGAACCUCCAGAAGCGUUUAAACGCAGCCAAAGUGGAUAUGGAGUUUAGUAAAGAACCGGAUAUAUUUGAUGCUGUAAUUGUCAACGAUAACUUGGAGGACGCUUACGGGCAGUUAAAACAUGCCCUUCUUGAGGAAAUUAAUAAGGUCAAGAAAAUCAACAUGUCUUCGUAGGAGACAGCAGCAUCCUUUUUUUUUUUUUUUU